AUGGCUAGCAACACAACAACCGCCGACCCUGGCCUUCCGCCAGACCUGUUCGACCAGACCACCCUCGUCUCGCUCGCCUCGACCGUCCUGAUCUUGGCCGUGGCCUACGGGACCUCGCUCAAGGCCCUCUCGCCGUCGACCCCGGGCAGCUACCGCUUCCUCUUCAUCUGGCACGCCUCGAUACCCUACGAUGACCUUACCGUCGGCGACCUCCGCUCCGGCCGCUACUACAGGACCCAGACGGGCUACCUCGGCCACGACGACCGCAUCUGGGGCUCGCAGGCCGCCUCCGCCGACAACCCCUUCGCGCAGCUGUGGAUGGUGUACGCGCGCGCGGACAAGAGAUGGGCUGGUGCGGAUACGGGCGUCGUGAGCUUGGAGCUCCUGACGGUGGGUAUCGUCGCGCCGCUGGCUGUGCUGGUGUGCUACGACAUCGCGAAGAAGAACUCGCGGGCCAACCUCCUGAUGGUAAUCAUCGCGACUGCUGAGCUGUACGGAGGUUUCAUGACGUUCUGCCCCGAGUGGCUCACCGGCAACCAGUUCCUGGACGGCAGCAACUUCAUGUACCUCUGGGUGUACCUGGUCUUCUUCAACAUGCUGUGGGUCUUCAUCCCGUUCUACGCCAUCUACGUCAGCUGGAACGCUGUCGACGCCGCCUUCAAGACGCAGACUACGGUCCAGGUGGUCAAGAAGUCCAAGUAG